GAUUAACUGAAAACAAACAAAGAAAAUCAAAAAACAGCAGUGUUUCUUUAAGCUUUAUCUUUCACUGAAUGGAUCUAAGACAGCAUUAUGUUGGGAUUUCUAUUUCUGCUCUGUAUUAUACAUGUGCUGUCAGUGACUGAAGCUCAGCAGAGAACGUACUUCAUCACAGCACCCAAAGUUCUGCGAGUUGAUGCAUCAGAGACUGUAGUGGUGCAGUUGUUUGGCUAUGACCAAGAAACCACAGUGAACCUUUACCUUAAAGACAAUCUGGCAUCUGAUGGCAGAACUUAUGCAUCUCAGAGUCUCAACCUCAAUGCCAAAAAUGAUUACCAAGCUGCAGCUACUCUACGGAUUUUCCCAAACAUUGAAAAAAAGGUCACUCAUCUCCACCUGCAGGCCAUAUCUAGUUCCUUCACCAAGGACAUAAGAAUACCAGUCAUUCGUCACAAUGGUUUUCUCUUUAUCCAGACCAAUAAACAAUUAUACACACCUGAACAGCAAGUUGAGGUACGAGUUUACUCUUUGAAUGAGGAGCUGAGAAAGACUAGUAGACCUGUUUUCCUCACGUUCAAGGACCCAGAUGGCAUCAAAGUGGAAAUUAUUGAAAUGAAUGACAUCAAUGGUGUGAAACCAUUGCUUCCUCCAUUCAAAAUACCCUUGAAACCUAAGUUUGGGGUCUGGAAAAUCGAGGCUGCUUAUGCUACUAACUUCACUACAACUGCUGUGGCUGAAUUCGAGGUCAAAGAAUAUGUAUUACCCAGCAUCUCAGUCCGCAUCAAGCCUGAAGAAAACUAUGUCAGCACAGCAAACUUUGAGGCCUUCAAACUGAAGAUAUUUGCCAAAUAUGUUGGUGGGAAACCAGUCAGUUCAGCAAAUGUCUUCAUAAGGUUUGGAUACACCAAUAAUAAUGCUGUGGUCAUAAUACCAUCAACAUUAAGACAUUAUAAGCUGGAUAAUGGCGAAGUGGAGGUUGUGUUAAACAUCAGACGUGCUCUGUCCAGUGUAGAUUCUGGGCCUAAGGACCUGUACGAUAUGAACAACCAUUUCCUCCGUGUGGUUGUUUUGCUAAAGGAGUCUACUGGUGGUAUCUCCCAGGAGGCAGUACUGUCCAAUGUGAAGUUUGUUCAUGCUCCGUUUACCCUGAGUCUAAUUGCGACUCCUCCUUUCAUCAAGCCGUCUUUACCAUACAACAUCAGAGUUUUGGUGAAGGACCCACUGGGUGAAUCAGUGAGUGGAGUGCCAGUAAAGGCAAGAGGAACAUUAACUAACAAUGAUCAUGAACAGGAAGCGCUCCAAUUCCAUGGACGUACACAUGAAAUCACACAGACAUCCAGUAAUGAUGGCAUUGCAUAUUUUGUUUGCAAUAUUCCAGAAAAUGCUGAAAGAGCUGAAUUUACUUUUGAAACAAAUGAUGAGAAUUAUCCACCAGAAAGCCAGGCUCAGCUUAAAAUCAGCACCGUGGCCUACAAGUCUGUCAAUCAGCGCUAUCUGUAUAUCAAUUUACCUUCACAUACCUCAGCUUUUAAUGUAGAAGACUAUGCCAACGUCAACAUCAACUUUCACUAUCGUGACUAUCUUUCACUGAAGACCUUCAGUUACCAGAUUAUUUCAAAGGGGAAAGUGGUAAAGUUUGCCACAGAGCAGCGUGUGUCUGACAAAGUCCAAAGCAUCAACUUUAAGGUGACAUCGAACAUGGUGCCAUCUGCCCGCCUGGUGGUCUAUUACAUCCUGUCUGGAGAGCAGAGAGCUGAAUUGGUUGCAGACUCUGUGUGGUUCGACGUCAAGGCCAAAUGUGUCAAUGAUUUAGAUGUGAACUUGGCAGCUUCCAACAAGGACUACAAACCUAAAGACACUCUUACGUUGUCAGUAAAGACUAAGAGUGUGAAUGAAAAGUCCCUGGUGGCACUGUCAGCUGUAGACACGGCCCUGUACAACCUCAUUGCCAGAGAUAAAGAUCCACUAAACAAGGUACUGCAGCAAUUAGAGCACAGUGACCUUGGCUGUGGAGGAGGAGGAGGCCGAAAUAAUGCUGACACCUUCAGCCGUGCUGGACUGACAUUUCUUACAAAUGCAAAUGUUGAGCCCUUCGAUACAGAUGAGACCUGUACAGCUUUGGUCAGACCCAAACGCGCCACUCUUUCAGUCACGGAGAUGCAAGAAUAUGCCAAUAAAUACAAUCAUUAUAAGCUAUGCUGCCUGGAGGGAAUGAACAAUAGCCUGGCUCUAGACACCUGUCUGGCUGCAACCAAGAAACUCUCAACUCCACACAAACAGUGCAAGAUAGCUUUCCGUGUAUGCUGUGACUUUGCCCAAAAGCAUCAGAAAGAAAAGGAGAGGUUUCAAGUCGACACCCCUUUGACUGCUGUUCAGAAAAAGCUUUCUACUCUCUCUCUGAAUGAAAAUUUGGAGGAAAACGAGUUUGGAUUUGACACACCCUGGACUGCUGUCCGGAAAAAGCGUUCUGCUAUCCCUCUGAAUGAUAGGAUUGAGGAAAACGCUAAAAAAUAUGCAGCUUUUAAAGAAUGUUGCCUGGAAGGAACUGACAGUAGCCCGACUCUGGAGACCUGUGGGGAUCGCGCCCGGAAAUUACAAACCAAAUACCAGGGGUGUAGGGUAGCAUUCCGUGAAUGUUGCAGAUUUGCCGAAAAGCUUCGAAAAGAAAGUACAGGUUUCACCCUUGCUCGUUCAGAAAUAGAUUUUUUGCUGAAUUUGAAGACAGAGCAGGUCCGCAGCUAUUUUCCAGAGAGCUGGUUGUGGGAAGAACAUGAAACCGAGAGGUCUGGAUUAGUACAUGUCACUAAAGUUCUGCCUGAUUCUCUGACUACAUGGGAGCUCAGAGCUGUUGGGGUGUUCAACAAUGGAAUAUGUGUAGCAGAUCCCUUGCGACUGUCAGUUCAGCAGGCAGUGAGUGUAGAUGUGCCUCUGCCUUACUCUUUGGUGCGUGGAGAGCAGAUUGAGCUCAAGGGAUCAGUCUAUAAUGAGUAUGACAAAGAAAUAACAUACAGUGUAACUUUGUCAGCAUCAGAGGGUGUGUGUGCGUUUCGGGGAACCCUUCUGACAGAUGAUGGUUACCGACAAUUUAAUAAAGGCAGGAUUCAGGGCCGUUCUGUGGCACUUGUCCAGUUCUUCAUCAUGGCAGUAGAAGUGGGCACUCAUAAACUCAGCUUCACUCUUACAACCAGCUCAGGAAGCGAGACAGUGGUCAAAACGCUGAGAGUAGUGCCAGAGGGCAUUAGGAAGGAAAUUUUUGUUGGACGCAGGAUUGAUCCAAAUGGCAUCUAUGGCACAUCUGUGACACGUAUUGAGCUCAGAAACUCCCUUCCUCCAAAUAUUGUGCCCAAGUCCACUGUGGAACGUCUGCUAACAGUAAACGGUGAGGUGCUGGGAGAGUUGCUGUCCAUCAUUAUAAACCCAAAAGGGAUUGUGCAGUUGACUAGCCUGCCCAGAGGCUCUGGAGAGAUGGAGCUUAUUGGUCUUCUUCCCAUCUUCUAUGUGUAUGAUUAUAUUGAGCAGUCUGAGCAGUGGGGAAGGAUCAGGGAAUUUGAAAACCCCAUUCUUCUAAAGAGAAAGCUAAACCAGGGUAUUACCAGUGUUAUGUCAUUUAAGACUAAGUGGGAGAAUAAUUUCAGUCUAUGGAAGAACAAAGAACCCAGCACAUGGCUGACUGCUCUGGUGGUGAAGACUCUGGCUUCUGUGAACAAAUAUGUCACAGUGGAUCAUGAUAUACUGUCCGGUACUGUCCGCUGGCUGAUUAAGUGUCAGAAUACAGAUGGCUCAUUUAAUGAGACAUCCAGCUACAAGCCUAUAAAGCUCAUGGGUGCUGGGGCAGAUGUCACUGAACAGUCCGUGUAUCUCACAUCAUUUGUCGUAAUUGGGAUCAAAAAUGCAUUGACAAUUCCCAAGUCCAACUUAGCGAUAUAUAAACAAGCUGUGGACAAGGCGACACAGUACUUGUCCUUACAAGUGACAAACGUGAAAAGUUUAUAUGUGAGAGCUAUAGCGGCGUACGCCCUGACGCUUGCUGACCUCCAGAACCGACAUGCAGUCAUACUCUAUAAUAAGCUUAAAAAAGAGUCACAGAUUAAAGGAAACCCAGUAACUGUCCGGUUUUGGGAGGAGAACAAAGCCUCUCAGGACCCACUAAAGCCAAACAGGGCCUCUGCACUGUCAGUAGAGACCACUGUCUAUAUGCUACUCACUACUUUACUCAGAGGAGACCCAACAUAUGCCAAGCCAAUCAUACAAUGGAUCACUGAUGAUCAACGAUAUGGAGGAGGAUUCCACUCAACUCAGGACUCUAUUCUAACACUGGAGGCCUUGAGCAAAUACAGCAUCUUAGUUCGUAGAGCAGUUUUACAAAUGGACAUUGACGUGUCAUACCGGAAAAAAGGCAGUAUCGGCCGUGUUACUCUGACCCAGAGUAUCCCUGUGGGCAAACCCAUUGAGAUUGAACAUGCUGAUGAUGUCAUACUGAAAACAGGAUACAGCACAGGGGUUUCAUUUGCUAAUUUAAGAACAGUGUAUUAUGAAACGACAGAAAACAACAAUAACUGCAACUUUGAUAUAUCAAUAGAAGUUCAUCCCCGAAACCCAAAUUCAGGAGAUCCUGUUCUUCUCUCACCACGGAUAGUGGCCUGUGCCAAAUAUAAGCCACGUGAAAAUGAGGUUGAGAAUGAGGCAGGUCACACAGUAUUGGAAAUUAAUCUGCCCACUGGUGUGAGCCCAAUCCAAGAGGACCUAAAAAGGUUUAGGGAUGGACUCGAGAGUCGUAUUUCUGACUAUGAAAUAACGGGCAACCAAGUGAUUCUCCAGAUAGAUUCCAUACCCUCAGAUGAGUUCUAUUGUGUGGGCUUCCGUAUUCAAGAGGUGUUUAGAACUGGAUUGAACAGUGCCUCUGUGUUCAAAGUGUAUGAGUAUCAUGAUCCAGAUAGUCAGUGUACAAAGUUAUACUACAGUGAGAGCCGCAAGCUUCUCCGUCUCUGUGAGGCAGACCAGUGUCAGUGCAUGGCAGCUGAAUGUUGCAAACUCAAGGCCAGCAUUGACCCUUCUCUUACUGUUCAACAGAAAAUACGUGACGUGUGCAAAGACAACAUCAAAUAUGUUUUAAAAGUAAAAAUAACGUCAGCUGAAGCAGAAGGUGAUUUUCUGACAUACAAUGCAAAUGUGGAAUCAGUCAUUGAAAAAGGGUCAUUAGACAUUACAAGGUCAGGUACAUCUCAGGUCAGCUUUGUAAAGAAGGCAACUUGCACCUCAACAAAUUUGGAAAUUGGCAAGCAGUACCUGAUUACGGGUGCAGAGAUCAUGCACCUUCGAGUAAACCGUAGUUACAAGUACAAGUUUCCAUUGGACUCACAAGCUUUGGUGGAGUGGUGGCCCUUGGAUUCUGAGUGCCAAACUAGCUCUUGCAAACAAUAUACUAAUGUUUUAAGUGAUUUUGAAUUUGAAUACCUUAGUAUUGGCUGCCAUUAGAGUGGCUGCUCUACAUUUACAACAUCCACAUUCAUUCUGGAACUUUUUGGCAUUUGUUGAAGAUAUGUAUAUUUCCAUACACAACCUCCCGUAACAAUGCGUGUUUUAGAAGGGCUAUGAAAAUGAUAUUACACAUAAUUUGCAUAUUACAUAUAAAAUGAUCUACAGUGGUGCUUCAAAGUUUGUGAAUCCUUUAGAAUUUUCUAUAUUUCUGCAUAAACAUGACCCAAAACAUCUUCAGAUUUUCACACAAGUCCUGAAAGUAGAUAAAGAGAACACAAUUAAACAAAUGAGACAAAAUUAUUAUUAUACUUGGUCAUUUAUUUAUUAAGGAAAAUGAUAUAUAUCAUUAUAUAUAUUAUAAUAUUACAUAUCUGUGAGUGGCAAAAUUAUGUGAAACUUUAGGGUUAGGAGGUAAUUUGAAGUUGAAAUUAGAGUCAGAUGUUUUCAAUCAAUGGAAUGACAAUUAGGUAAGUAAGCCCCCUGUUUUAAUUAAAGAACAUGGAUUUAUCAAUGUCUGAUCUUCUCAACACGUUUGAACGUGAGGAAACCCACCACCGUGCCAAGCUGUUCUGUAAUGAAAAAUGCUAAUGCAGAAGACUAACAUGACAAUGUAAAAGAUUAUGAAAUCAGCAUGUAAGUGUAUGAUUAAGAGUGACUGAAAAACUAUCAGCAUUUUAAGAGUGACUGGAUGAUAAACCAGCAUUUAAAUUGUGAUAAUGUUAUAAAAAUUACUUGUUUCUGCAUAAUAAUAAUAAUAGUAAUAGUAGUAGUAGUAAUAAUAAUAAUAAUAAUAAUAAUAAUAAUAAUAAUAAUAAUAAUAAUAAUAUGACUGAGCUCACGCCACAAUUAUAAAUAAGGUAUGUCUAUGAUGAAUUAAUUGUGGCAAAAGGUCAGGUGUGACUAAAAGAGAAAUGGGGAAAAAACCCUGCCUAACUGAGAUCACUGUUUCAGGAUUUUAUAAAAGCCUGUUCUACGAUUGUAUUCAUUCAGACUAUCUGCAGAAGUCUCAGUCGGUUGUGUUUUCAAUAAAGUCUGGUUUUUGGCAUCUUUAA